UGUCCUGUCCAGCCAGUGUCCAGCGCGCCAAGCCGCACUUGCCAAAGCGAGGCGCAGAUCUUCCGGGGCGAAACUAGAUGGAGGACGGCGCCGCCGCAGCUGCGGCCGGGAGGCGGCCGGUGCUGCUGUACCCGUCGCCGGGGAUGGGCCACCUGGUCUCCAUGAUCGAGCUCGGCCAGAUCCUCGGCGCGCGGGGCCUGCCCGUCACCAUCCUCGUCAUCGACCCGCCCUACGACGCGGGUGCCACGGGCCCCUUCCUCGCGGGCGUCUCCGCGGCCAGCCCCUCCAUCUCCUUCCACCGCCUGCCCAAGGUGGAGCGACUCGCCCCGGUCAAGACCAAGCACCACGAGGGCCUCACCUUCGAGGCCAUCCGCGCCUCCAACCCGGGCCUCCGGGAGUUCCUGGCCGCCGCGUCCCCGGCGCCGGCGGCCCUCAUCGUCGACUUCUUCUGCAGCGUCGCGCUCGAGGUCGCCAGGGACCUCGGCGUGCCGGGGUACUUCUUCUUCACCUCCGGCGCCGAGGUCCUGGCCUUCUUCCUGUACCUCCCGGUGCUCCACGCGCAGGCCGCGGCGGAAUUCCAGGACAUGGGGGAGGAGCUCGUGCGCGUCCCGGGCAUCCCGCCGUUCCCGGCGACGCACGCCAUCCUGCCGCUCAUGGAGCGGGACGACGCGGCCUACGAGGGCUUCCUGAGCUGCAGCGCCGAGUUCUGCCGCUGCGACGGCGUCAUCGUCAACACGUUCCGCCUGCUCGAGCGGCGCGCCGUGGAGGCCGUGGUCGCGGGACGCUGCACGCCGCCCGGCCUCCCGACGCCGCCCGUCCACUGCAUCGGCCCGCUGAUCAAGUCGCAGGAGGUGCUGGGCGAGGGCGGCGAGGAGUGCCUGGCGUGGCUGGACGCGCAGCCGGAGGCGAGCGUGGUGUUCCUCUGCUUCGGCAGCAUCGGCCGGUUCAGCGCGGAGCAGAUCAGGGAGGUGGCGGCGGGGCUGGAGGCCAGCGGGCAGCGGUUCCUGUGGGUGGUCCGCGCCCCGCCCAGCGACGACCCGGCGAGGAAGUACGACAAGUCGCCGGAGCCGGACCUGGACGCGCUGCUCCCGGAGGGGUUCCUGGCCCGGACCAAGGACAGGGGCCUCGUCGUCAAGUCGUGGGCGCCGCAGCGGGACGUGCUGGCGCACGCAGCCGUCGGCGGCUUCGUCACGCACUGCGGCUGGAACUCGGUGCUGGAGGCUGUGAUGGCGGGCGUGCCGAUGCUGGCGUGGCCGCUCUACGCGGAGCAGCGGAUGAACCGGGUGUUCCUGGAGGAGGAGAUGCGGCUGGCCGUGGCCGUGGAAGGGUACGACAGCGAGAGCGGGCUCGUGGCGGCCGAGGAGGUGGCGGCCAAGGUGCGGUGGCUCAUGGAGUCCGACGGCGGGAGGGCGCUCCGGGAGCGCACGCUCGCGGCCAUGCGGCAGGCGCACGACGCCCUGCGCCAGGGCGGCGAGUCGGAGGCCGCACUGGCCGGGCUCGUGGACGAGUGGAGACGCGCUUGACGAGAAGCUGAACUGAUCAUAAUGAAUCUAUAUGAUGCAUACCCAAUGAUUGUAUAUACCCAAUGAUUGCAUAUACCAAACAAUGGAGGAUGAAGAUUGUGCCCUUGUUUGUUACUUGAUUGCUGAGGAUAACCCAAAUUAUGAAUUUCUCGAUGACGACGACGACAUACACACUGGUGUCAGCCAUGGAUGCAGAGAGCUCAUACCACGGCUCAAUACAUGUGAGACGGCUUGUCCCCAGAGAACGUGCUGAUGGAGAGGCAAGGAUCAUACGCCAAUACUUUGCUGCCAAUCUUAUUUACACCCCUGAAAAGUUUCGUGAAAGGUUCCAUAUGAAGCGUCACGUGUUCAUCCGCAUUCUUAAUGCAGUUCAGUAUGUGGACAGCUACUUCCAGCAACGCGAGGAUUGUAUUAGGCUUUUAGGAUUGAGUGCUUUGCAGAAGGUGGUAGCCGCAAUGAGCAUACUGGCGUAUGAUUUUCCGUUAGAUGCCAUUGAUGAUUAUGUGCAAAUUGGCACGUCAACCGCUCGUGAGGCUCUUAACCAUUUCUACAGUGCUGUUAUAGAUGCCUUUGGGGAGGAAUACCUGCGUUCUCCAACCCCUGUCGAUGUGGCUCGUCUACUGCAAGAGGGUGAGAGACGAGGUUUCCCAGGUAUGCUUGGUAGCAUAGAUUGUAUGCACUAGGAAUGGCGGAACUGCACUACUACUUGGAAGGGCAUGUUCACUGGACGCGGGAAGCACCCAUCCAUGAUCUUGGAGGCUGUAGCAUCUCAUGACCUUUGGAUAUGGCAUGCCUACUUUGGCCUUCCAGGCAGCUGCAACGAUAUCAAUGUACUGUAGAGGUCACCUAUUUUCUCAGCAUAUAUCCGAGGAGAGUCACCUCCUAUUCACUUCACUGUCAACGGACGGACAUAUGACAUGGGGUACUACCUUGCAGAUGGUAUAUACCCUGAUUGGCCAGCAUUUAUCAAGAGUGUUCACCAUCCUAUGGAGAGGAAGACACAACGUUUUGCUGCUGUGCAAAAGGGUGCGCGCAAGGAUAUUGAGAGAGCUUUUGGAGUUCUUCAAGCUAGGUGGGCAGUAAUCUGUGGGCCGGCUUAUGGAUGGGACAGGGAGCAGCUUUCUGAUAUUAUGACCGCUUGUAUUAUCAUGCAUAACAUGAUUGUCGAGGAUGAGAAGUCUGAUGCCAUCAAUACCAACUUCGACAACAUUGGCAGACAAGUCAAUCCUUCAGGUGGAAAUGUAGUGGAACGGGAAGCAUUUGUAGCAGCACAUCACAAGUUGCGUGACCAAGCUCUCCAUAUCCAACUUCAGAAGGAUCUCAUCGAGCACAACUGGAUGCGAUAUGGUUCAACCUAGUUUUUUCUUUUUCUUUUGCUUUAGUUGUAAUUUUCAGUUCAUGUGAACAUGACAAAUCUAUAUCUGAAUUCUAGAAUGAUUCAGUGUAUAAUUCAGUGUACGAUUCAGUGUAUGGUUUAGGUUCAUUAUGCACAACAAAUUAAUUUCAGCA